UCGUCAUAAGUCGAGGACUACCUGUAUUUAUUUAUUUAUUCCCACACUAGUCAUUCCACAACAUACAAAGAUGCCAUCUUAGACUCUUUUGUUUGAAUCAGACUUGAUUGUUCAUAAUCUAUAUUUAAUUGUCAAAUGCAUGUGGGAACUAAAUAGACUGCAAUUACACAAUCCCUCCCCCCUUCCCAAAGUUAUACUAAAGUUUAUAUUUUACUUUCAAAACACUUCAUCCCCACCAAUGCUCAGUCCUAAGUUUACAAGUGAGGACUUCUUGGAAUGUAUUUUUCAUUGGCGGAGCGAUGUUAGUUACAUCAGCCAAAGCACUUUUGAUUGGCUAGCUGGUUGCUGGGACUAUAAGGGCUUUCGGUGAGGCAGUUAACCCGAUUUCUGCCGGGAAACCAUACUUGGAGUCCUGGCUAGCGGAGCGCCGGGCAAUUAGUCCCGGAGGGGAAAGAUGCCAGCGGAAAUUGGGGCUGGUGGGUCGCUGAAAGCCGGACGGCCGAGGCCCCGCCUGACGAGGCACUUGGAGGCGACGAGCGCCUUCCUCCCCGCUUUCCAGCCUCUGUGUCGCUGGGAUAAACUCUCCCGCCUUUCCCUCCGUUGCCCUUUUAAGAGGGGGGCUACAAGGCGUCGAGAGUAGCACGAGGCAUCGGGAGGAAACCUCCGGAUUGGCCGAGGUCCCGGUCUGUAGACACACCCCUCAUGCAAAAAGGAACCUUCUGAGUGGAAGGAGGAGAAGGUAAACAGAGUUGAAUCACUCUCCCGGCUGACCAAUUGGGGGUGGAGGGGCGGAGGGGGGGGGGACUCGCUGGAAGAACCUUUGCGUGAUGGGCUUCUGCGAAAUCGGUCCUGAGCAGGGCUGUGCUGGAACAUUGAGGAGCCGUAGGCGAGGGGGGAGUGAGUCAGGCAGUGGGCAGAUCCAGCCUCAGUCGCUGCUGCUGCUGCUGCGUAGUCCUCACGCUUGGGCUGCUGUUUCAGCACCGCGCCUUCUGAGGAGUGUGUGAAUGCGCUGGAAAGCCUCGCGAAGCGGGGGCGGAGAAGCAAACGCAGCGGCGGCGGCGGCUCGGGUGCUAGGAUCGCUGAGCUCUCCCCGAGCUCCUUUCGAUUUUCUUCUGCUUUCCGUCCCCUUGCGGGGUGAGGAAGAGGAGGAGGAGGAGGCAGAAGAGGAGGAGGAAGAAGAGGAGAAGAAGAACAGGGAAAACUCCCUGCUGGUGCUACUUGGAUUACUUGAAACCACCACUCGUGACCCUGUUUUCCGAAGAAGGGAGCCUUAUCAGUGUCUAGCCACAGAAGCGGGUCCGGGAGGGCACGACCCACGCGCAACGCCUUACCGAUCUGGAGUUGUCCGGCGUCGGUGGAGAGGGGGCGCGGGAAAGCGACGGCGACGGGAAGGUAGGCUAGUUUGGCGGUUCUCCUGGUUGGGAAUCCCGGAUGAUCGUGGUUAUGUAAACGCCGAGCCCCGGCAGUGGAUCCCUCCUGGCUGCGACGGCACCCCACCCCACCCCACCUCCACCCGCGAUCCGCAACCUGAAGGAAGGCGACCCAGCCGUUCGGCGCUCGUCACACCGCCACCUUACCUACCUAUCCGGCCCUCGGAGGGCAAGAGGGCGGCGGCGGCGGCAGUCACAGGCAGGCGGCGCGGAGGAAGUUUUGCCCCCGGGGCCCUCGCCCUGCCCCUCCCCCUCUGAAAUCAUUACCUCGGGGGGCCCGACGGUCGCCUGCAAAAUGUCAGCGGUGGCUUACAUGGACUUCGUGGCUGCCCAGUGCUUGGUCUCCAUUUCCAACCGCUCCGUGGCACCGCCGGACGUGACCCGCGAAGCCGAGGUCCUGAAGAUGCCCGAGGAGGAAGCCGCCGCCGCCGCUGCCGUCGUGACCAAGGAAAUGAACGACCCCCGGGACGCCUGGAAGGAUUAUUGCACGCUGGUGACCAUCGCCAAGAGCUUGCUGGACUUGAACAAAUACAGACCCCUCCCCGCCCCUUCCAUCUGCAGCGACAGCGUGGAGAGCCCCGACGAGGACAUCGGCUCCGACAGCGACGUGACCACCGAAUCGGGAUCGAGCCCUUCCCACAGCCCCGCCGAGGGCCAGGAGGCUGCUCGCGGGCCCGGCCUGGCCCUCCUGCACGGGGGAGGGCCGGUCAAAGGCAAGCUGGCCGCGGAAAAGAGACACAAGUGCCCCUACAUCGGCUGUGGCAAAGUGUACGGCAAGUCCUCCCACCUCAAAGCCCACUACCGGGUCCACACAGGUGAACGACCUUUUCCUUGUACAUGGCCAGAGUGCCUUAAAAAGUUCUCUCGCUCUGAUGAGCUAACAAGGCACUACCGAACCCACACCGGGGAGAAGCAGUUUCGAUGCCCACUUUGUGAGAAGCGGUUCAUGCGGAGCGAUCAUCUGACCAAGCAUGCCCGUCGCCAUACUGAGUUCCAUCCUAGCAUGAUCAAGCGAUCUAAAAAGACCAGCUCUGCCUCCUUUUGAAGGAAAGACUACAACCAGGGGUGAGGGUGGGGAGAUGGCCGUCAGUGAAAAAAAUCAGAAUGGAUCAGCACAAAUAUGUCCACCACUGUACAGUAAAAUCCCCCCCCCAACUUGCAUUUUAAAGCACAUGUAGCUGGAAAUUUAAAGAUUAACAUUUUUGUUCUGUCCACCCUGCUGUGCUACCAACCACAGUCUUAAAUCAGUAGCUGUUGGGUGGGCGUGGGGAGUGGGGGGGGUGUCUGUAUGGGGAACAGCAGAAAUAAUGCAACUUUUUAUAGUUUAAAGAAUCAACACUGGUGUGUGGGUGCAUGUGUGUGAACACAGACACACACACACACAUCUGUAUAUAAUUAUAUGUGACUGGGUGAUUUGACCUGUGACACCACAGUAGUGAUUCCAAGCUCUUUGUGAUUGCUGUGUCAUGGAGAUGUUUUGUUGACUAAUGUAAUGCUGCUUGUAUUUUAAAACAAAACAAAAAAACAAAAAAAACAAAAAAAAUCCAGUUUAGUGAAACCACUUUCCAACUCACUUAAGUAUUUUCAAGUAAAGCAAAACAAAAACAUCGGAGCACAUGAUAGAUGGAAUUUCACGUUUCUCUCUCUGUGGUCCACCCUGUUCAAGACUGUUAAGAAAAAAAAAUCAUCGUUCACAGUACCAGAUUGGUGGAAGGAAACUGUACUUUUCACCAAGUUAUCCUUUUUGAGCUGCUCUUUUUUCCCCCAGUGGAAACAUGCACAGAAACCAAUUAUGAAACCAAAAGGAAAACAAGAAAUCAGCUGGCAUCACAAAUAAGAGGCUAUUCUUUGCCAUGUAGAAAAGAAACAAUGCAACCUAAAUCAUGCAAAGAAAUGUGGCAGAAGUAUGAGACUAUUUUUUUCCUCCUUUAGCUGUUCCUAGACUUUCAUCUGAAAAGCAACCAUAUACUGUACUGUACUAUAUGAAUACCACUACCAGUGCUUUAUUCUGCUGGGUUUUGUUGGAAUGAAUGCGUAACAGCAGCAACCAUCUUGAUAAGCUACCACUUUUAUAAAAGUUAUUUUUUUCUCUUACGACUCUUUUUCUCAAUGGUGCAUUUUCUUCACCUCUCACCAGAAUUCUGUCUCAGCUAAUGGAACUAUGUGCAUUUGGAGUCGGUAGAGAACCUUUUUUCUUGUUUUAUUUUCUCCGACAGAACAUUCUCUAUGUGGACGAAGGCAACUAACACUGGUUUUUUUAAACUACUUUUUAACAGUCUUCUUUUCAUAAAUUGCAGCUGUUGUACAGAGUCUGGGGAAUAACAACCAAACUAACUGCAAGUCGGAAUUCAGACUCGGAUGCAGGAGGCGUGUCGAAAUACCUUUCACGACAUAGCCUCACCACUACAUACCUUGCAAUCUCAAUCCUCCGUAUCAGGCUUGAUACAGUUAAUGAUAAUGGCAAUAUUUCAUCUGUUUCAAAUGCUACGGUUUGCUCUACGGAACAGAGGCACCAUCCACACUGGAGAAAAGCUCUUGCAUCUAGCCUAGCUGUGUCACCUUUGUUAUGUCGAAAGCAUGAACCUGACGCAGGUUGUAAUCCAUGGACGUUCCCUCCCCCAUCUCUCGUGGUGAUGGAGAAUCAUGUUUACAGACUUCCCUCCUGCCCCCUCUGUCCUUGACUCUUCUUUCUCAUGAUGGAAGGAGUGGUGCAACUGUCCUACGUAGGGCUAACUUUGUGGGUGAGGAAAUCACACGGUAGCCAGAGGGAUUACACCUGGAUCGGUUUGCCCAACUUUGUAAAGGAAUCUGUACAUACGACCUUGUAAAGUAUACCUGCUAUGACAGUAUGUUGUUCUUGUUUCAUCCGAUAGAAAGCUAGCUUCCUAGAAAAAUAAAAUAAAACAUCUCAGAGAGUAGAGUAUUCUACAAUUGUCUGUGGCUUCCAGCACUAGAACUCAGUAUGCAUCAAGCAUUUUUACCUGUGUGGCUCAUUAUAAAACCUGUCUAUGCGAAAAGAACAGCUUUUAAAUAAAGGUGUUGGGGCAAUGAACAACUUAAUGGCAUUUCAGAAGCAAAAAGGAAUGAGUAUUCUUCAGUGAAGACAUGUCAGGAAACCAAGCACACUUUCUACCUCCGUUUCAACUUCUUGAAACGUUUGUUUUAUGAUAAACCAAAAUUAAUUUCUGGUGUCCAAAAUAAAUUGUAGGGAUAUUUGUUCUUCCUUAUAAAAAUAGGUAGCCUGGCUCUUUCUAUUGCUCUAGUGUUAAAAAAAAGCAUUCUGCUUUUAUCAGUACUGUUAAUGCUGCCUUGUAUAAUAAGGGUGAGGACUAUGUGGUUGGUCAGCAGCUCGCAAUGUGGUACUAUUCCAAUCGUCCUCCCUUUCUAUAUGAAACCAAUCCUCCAGAGCCUAAGCUCUAGUCUGAGUCCUAGUAAACAGUUUGCCAGAUCUUUACUGUUGCUUUGGGGUAGGACAAGUGCAGUUUUAGCAAAAGAGAGCCUGAAAGCUGAAUGCUGUUAUUCCACCUUUUGUACAAAGCAAGCCACAGGCACUUAAAUGGCACCUUCCUUAUCAGGUCAUAAAGGCAGAUGAGAAUAAUUAGGUUUGGUGAAAUGGUGAUUAGGACACUUGCCUGUCUCCUGACAGCUGUGGACUUGAUCUCAUAUGACACAUGGCCACCUCCAGUCCACAUGAUGGUUCUAAGUUGGUCCCUUGGGCUGGAAAGUCCUUGACGGCCAAAUGGUGCUAUUCAUGUUGCUCCCUUGUGGACUUCAGGUCAGGGUAUAGAAAUGAUGGCUGUGCCUUCAUCACACCAGCCAAACCAUUUGCAGAAUAGUUUGCCAUGACCUAAUUUGGCAGCAUAUAUUAUUUGAACAAAAAAUCAUAGGAACUGCUCCUCUCAUUCCUAAAAGGAUUCUUAUGGAUAAA